UCUGGUGAGCUCAGGCUGUUUGUGUUGCUGCUGGAGGUGGAGGGCAUCGCUUUCUGGCAGAUGCGGUUCCCAGGUCACUUCCAACUCCUGCCGCUGUUUGCUUCCGCAGAGAGUCCUGUCGUGCACAACCAGGGAGCCAAGGCCAGACACCCAACACAGACAGACGACAGACAGACAGACAGACCGAGGACACUGGCCGCUGCGCCCGGCCGCCACCCCCUCCUCCCUGUGGCUUGCCCCUGGAGGAUGAGCCCAGCCUUCAGGGCCAUGGACGUGGAGCCCCGAGCCAAGGGCGUUUUGCUGGAGCCCUUCAUCCAUCAGGUCGGGGGGCACUCCUGUGUGCUCCGCUUCAACGAGACGACUCUGUGCAAGCCCCUGGUCCCGCGGGAGCACCAGUUCUACGAGACUCUCCCCGCCGAGAUGCGCAGAUUCACACCCCAGUACAAAGCCCAGCACCUCACACCCUCAGUUUCAAGCCCUGGUGUGGUAUCUGUGUGCUUUGAUGAAGAUGAAGACAGGAACUUGUGCUUAAUAGCAUAUCCAGUAAAAGGGGACCAUGGAACUGUGGACAGUGUAGACAAUUCAGACUGUGAACCAAAAAGCAAGCUGCUAAGGCGGACCACCAAAAAACAUCAUGUCCUAGAGACAGAGAAGAGCCCCAAGGACUGGGUGCGGCAGCACUGGAAGGAGGAGAAGACAAAGAGCCAUAAGCUAGAAGAAGAGUUUGAGUGGCUGAAGAAAUCUGAAGUCUUGUACUACAGUGUAGAGAAGAAGGGGAACGUAAGUUCCCAGCUUAAAUACUACAACCCUUGGAGCAUGAAGUGUCACCAGCAACAGUUACAGAGAAUGAAGGAGAACGCCAAGCAUCGGAACCAGUACAAAUUCAUCUUGCUGGAGAACCUCACUUCCCGCUAUGAGGUACCGUGUGUCCUGGACCUCAAGAUGGGGACACGCCAGCAUGGUGACGAUGCUUCCGAGGAGAAGGCAGCCAACCAGAUCCGAAAAUGCCAGCAGAGCACCUCUGCGGUCAUUGGCGUGCGCCUGUGCGGCAUGCAGGUGUACCAGGCGGGCAGUGGGCAGCUCAUGUUCAUGAACAAGUACCAUGGGCGGAAGCUGUCGGUGCAGGGCUUCAAGGAGGCGCUUUUCCAGUUCUUCCACAACGGGCGGUACCUGCGGCGCGAGCUGCUGGGCCCGGUGCUCAAGAAGCUGGCGGAGCUCAAGGCCGUGCUGGAGCGGCAGGAGUCCUACCGCUUCUACUCCAGCUCCCUGCUCAUCAUCUACGACGGCAAGGAGUGGCCCGAGGUGGCCCUGGACUCGGAUGCGGAGGACUUGGAGGACCUGUCUGAGGAGUCGGCCGACGAGUCCGCGGGGGCCUAUGCCUUCAAGCCCCUCGGCGCCAGCUCCGUGGACGUGCGCAUGAUUGACUUUGCACACACCACCUGCAGGCUGUACGGCGAGGACAGCGUCGUGCACGAGGGCCAGGACGCCGGCUACAUCUUCGGGCUCCAGAGCCUGAUAGACAUUGUCACAGAGAUCACCGAGGAGAGCGGGGAGUGAGCUGGCCGCCUGCACUGCCCUGACCCUGUGCCGGGCACAGCUGUGCUGUGUCGGAGGAAGCCAGUGUGGCCAGCGGGUGGCCUCUGCAGCCUGGAGCUGACGCACAGAGGCCCACGUCCCCGCCUGAGCCAGCCACCGCGCUCCGUCUUUAUUUAUUUUACCUGUUUCUUCAACAUUCCAUGUUCGAUGAUGCAGAUACCUCUUCCCUGAGUGUAAAUGUCCUAAUACAAAGCCUUUUGUUAAUUGUA